UUGCCUUUAGGCAGCAGAAAUGGAAAAGCUCCGCCUCCACACAAGCAAAAAUGCCUCCUUGUGAUUUUGUACCUGAAAAAUACCAAUCCUAUCCAUAUGAACGCAUGCAGAAAAUUCGUGAGCAAAAUGUUUCUCCUUCACUGCGAACGUAUUACAAGAAGCCAUUGCUGCUGCAUCAAGGACAUAUGCAGUGGUUGUUUGAUUAUGAAGGACGAAGAUACCUUGAUCUCUUUGCUGGGAUCGUCACUGUCAGUGUUGGUCACUGCCAUCCGAAGGUGACCGUGGCUACCCAGAAGCAGCUUGCUCGCCUGUGGCAUACCACUAAUAUCUACAUGCACCCGUCAAUCCAGGAGUAUGCUGAAAAGUUGACUUCCCUUCUUCCAGAUCCACUUAAGGUGGUUUAUCUAACCAACAGCGGGUCAGAAGCCAAUGACUUGGCUAUGUUCAUGGCAAGGCUAUAUACUCGUAACUUCGACAUCAUCGCUCUCAGAGGAGCAUACCAUGGAGGCAGCCCCUACACGCUGGGAUUGACGUCUGUUGGUCUUUAUAAGCAUGGUGUUGCCAAUGGCUUUGGCUGUUCAACAACAAUGUUACCAGAUGUUUUUCGUGGCCCGUGGGGAGGCAGCCAUUGCAGAGAUUCUCCUGUGCAAACCAUUCGAAAAUGCAGCUGUUCUGAAGGCGUGUGUCAUGCAAAUGACCAGUACCUUGAACAGUUCAAAGAUACUCUGAAUACCUCAGUGCCAAAGACAAUAGCUGGAUUUAUCGCUGAACCAAUUCAAGGUGUUAAUGGAGCUGUUCAGUACCCAAGAAGUUUCUUAAAGGAAGCUUAUCAGCUAGUACGGGAAAGAGGGGGCGUUUGUAUUUCCGAUGAAGUACAGACGGCAUUUGGACGGAUGGGCAGCCAUUACUGGGGAUUUCAAACGCAUGAUGUAGUCCCUGACAUUGUGACUUUGUCGAAAGGAAUCGGUAAUGGCUUUCCAAUGGCAGCUGUUGUUACAACAAAAGAGAUUGCAAGUUCCUUGGCUCAAAACCUUCACUUUAAUACGUUUGGAGGAAGCCCUUUGGCCUGCGUAGUUGGAGCUGCGGUUCUUGAU